UCGACCGCCGGGCCAGGACAAGUGCUUGAAAAUCGUGCGUAUGUUCCAUUAAUCUAGAAAAAAAUACAUAUAAACAUAUCCCGAUAAAAACAUGGAGUUCAGCGAAUUGGACAACAGGAAUUAUCCCGGUGCUCCGGUGCCUGGGUCCAGGCCCAUGGUAGAUCCAGAGGCUCAUGGAGAAGUCGAUCCAACACUAUAUCCGGAACCUAAGGAAGCGACGCAUAAAAUUAGAGGAAGAUCCGAUAUCAUAGAAAUGCUUUUCGGUCCAAUCGAUCAAGAGCUUAUUAUCGUGAAGAGUUUUUAUUUUUUCUUUUACUCUGCAUUCGGAUCUCUCUUCCCUCUGAUGGGUGUCUAUUUCAAGCAGAUGGGCAUGAACGCAACUCAGAGCGGAUUUCUUAUUGGUUUUCGUCCAUUCGUCGAAUUUCUAGCUGCUCCGUUCUGGGGCAGUCUGGCGGAUCGCUGGCAAAAAGGAAAGAUACUGCUGCUCGCCUCUAUAGCCUCCUGGAUAAUAUUUACCGUCCCUCUGGGUUCUAUACAACCUCCCGCCGUGUCUUGCAUGGACAAAGUAAACUCUUCGGACACCCUUACCAUUCCCGAAGUGAGUCAACGGCUAAUCAACAAAAGAUCGAUAGAGUUAGAGAAAGUACCUGAAUUUGUACAUCAUACCGAUGAUCCUAUAGAAUUAGUAACAUACAGUCGUAAAAUUAGAGCGGUUCGUCCAUAUCUGUAUGCCGGACAAUCCCCAGUAAACGUGAACUUCGCUUCCAACUACAAACAGAAAGAGCACGAAUCAUGGGUCAAGCCUAUCAUAUCUUCAAUCGUUUACCGCACUCAAGAUAUCCAAAAAGCUUUUUUCCUAUUGAUGUUGCUGGUUGUAAUCGGUGAAUUCUUUGCUGCUCCGGCGAUCACGCUUGCUGAUUCGGCAGUGCUUACUUUGUUGGGCGAAAAUGCUGACACGUAUGGACAGCAACGGAUGUUUGGAUCGCUAGGAUGGGCUGUAGCUAUGUUUUUCGUGGGUAUCGCUCUAGAUCAUUCUACUUCCUUCCCGAACCAUCCCUGCAAUCCAAACAAAAAAGAAAGGAACUACACCAUUUGCUUCGCUACGUUCUCGGUUUUGAUGGGGGCCGCUCUCAUCACAGCUACACAAAUCAAUUUCAAGUACGAGGAACCCGUGUCUCAGCCUGCCGAGGAUAGACGACAAGAACCUUUAUCGAAAGAGGACCAAAUGCAAGCCCAGCUAGCCGAACAACUGAAUUUGCCUUCGUUGGCCGAUACGAGGGCGUCGAAUUUUAUACCACCUGUCAAAGAACAAAAGACGAAAAUCUUCGCCCAAACGACAAGAGAAAUACCAGAAUGGGUCACCGUACUCGCCCAGUUCAAGAACCUAAAAUGCGCUUCGUUCCUGUUCGUCGCCUGGUUCAUGGGCUUCGGGAUCGGUCUCAUCUUCACCUUCCUGUUCUGGCACUUGCAGGACUACGGUGGCACCCCCACGCUGUUCGGCGUCGCUUCUGUGAUAAACCACAUAUCGGAAAUAUUCGCCUACUUCUUUAGUUUUAGGUUAAUCAGACAAGUGGGGCACGUGAAGGUGCUGUGCCUGGGAUUGAUUGGGAAUACGCUGAGGUUUUUGUACAUAUCGUACCUUACUAAUCCGUGGUGGGUUCUGCCGUUCGAGUUUAUGCAGGGUAUAACGCAUGCUGCAGUAUGGGCUGCUUGCUGUUCAUACAUUGCUCAUAAUACUCCUCCCGAACUUAGAUCAUCUGCUCAAGGUGUAUUGCAAGGAAUUCAUCAUGGGCUAGGACGAGGAUGUGGAGCUGUGAUUGGUGGAAUGUUUGUAAACAGUUUUGGGUCUACAGCUACGUUCCGUGGAUAUGGUUUAAUAUGCCUCGUAAUCCUGGGUGCAUUUAUAUUCAUCAAUUUCUAUAGAGUAGACCAAGGUUUUGUGUCAGAUCUACCACAAACCGAGGACCCUAGAGAUGUAGCAGAGGAGACUUCCCAUUUAGCUCCACACGGCGUUCCAAGUAACCCAAUACCAAGAGCGCUCUCCAGUAACAAACUGCAAGAACUGGGUCAACAAGAUGGAUAUGGAGCAACGUACCAGAUGGGACAAGGUGGUACAUUGGACAUACCUGGAGGAGGUGGGUACAAUCCGUUUCAAAGUGGCAACGUUGGGCAGCAGCGGUUUGAAGGAAAUGAGGUAAGAAGCCAGAACUACUAAAAGAACUUGGGAACAUUGCGGAUUUCCUGUUGUCAGCACAACUUUAAACACUCAGCAGCCCCUAACAACAACUAAUGUUGCUUACGACUGGUAAGCAGUGAGAAAAACGUAAACCAUAUAGGAUAUCCUCAAACGGUUUAUUUAGUUUUAUAAGCGCUAUUGUUGUUAUGAUAUAAUCGUAGCAAUGAAAAUAUAAUGUGACGAACAUAGAAUACUCCACUUCGAAUUAGUUUACGACUAAUCAUAAUUUCUAUACAGUUUUUUAAGUAAAUUAAAUAAAUUAUGUAUAUAAUAUACAUACAGGCGUGUUGAUUUUAAAUCCGUGGUCUGGAUUUUAAUGGGUUAGAUAAAGAUAGAGAUAUUCUAAUAGAAAAACCAAACAUGUGGAAAAGAGACGAGACAAAAAAUGGAUUGAUGCAUUUCUUCUAUAAAUUGUUGCCGAAUUUUCUAUCAAAAAUUUAAAACCACCACAUUUUUUGUGUUUUUUUUUUCUUUCUUACAAAUGGAGAUACUUAAUGUAAGUUAACUACACUUAAAAUUUGUCUUACGCAUUCAAAUAAAGAAUACGGAUUUAAAAUGGUCAGUAUAUUAUAUUAACAACUCCAUCAAGUGGAUUAUAUAAAAAUAAGGUUAUUUUUUCUUUAGUUUGUAAUAUAUAAAUGUUGUAAUGUUGUACGCUAAGCAAUCAGACUAAAGCUUCAAAAAUAUAUUGUUACUUCCUUAUAUCCCUCUUUAAUUUUAUCUAAUGUUAUGAAAAAGGGAUCUCUACAAUUAAAUUAAAGUACUAGACCAUACAAAUCAUAAAAUAGGAUAUCUGAUAUAAAUACUAUAACCUUAUGAGGAUAGUAAAACAUUUAUACGGGAUAUUAUCAAAAGUAAAGUUGCAUUUAUUAUGAUACAGAAAUAGAGAAGUUUAUUUCAACUUCUAAUGUUUAUGGCAGGUGGUUUUCAAAAUUGAUGACAUAAUAAAAUUGACGUAAAUGAUGAAUAGAAGUUAGUAAAGCAAAGUAACGACAUUUUAUUGUUUUUAAAAUUUAAUUUUAAAUUAAAAUUCAAUCAUGCCUCAAUUUUAUUUCAUGACAAAAAUGAAUUUUAUGUUACAAUAAAUAUAAAUACAUGAAAUUCCUUGCCAUCAGUAAUGUAUAAAUUAUACUAUAUUCCAUACCAAUUAAACUUUUAGUUACGUAAUCGAGGGCGCGAUUUUUAAAUUCAUUGUUGCCAACCAUGGCAUCAUAG